GGGAGCCCGUCAGGCCGGGGCUCUGGCGGGUGAGUGCCCCGCGGCUUUCCCCUCCGCAGCUCAGCGUCAUGAAGGGCGAGCUGGGGGAGGCCGAGCGGGUUCUGCACCAAGCCCUGCGGCUGUCGCACCAGGCGGAUAACAGGAAGGCCAUCGUCUACACGUACAGCAUGAUGGCGAACGUGGCCUUCAUGCAGGGACAGCUGGACAAUGCGGAAAAGCUCUACAAAGCAAGUAUGAGCUAUUUGCUUGCAGGGGACACAAAGGAGGAUGACAAUGCAAUCCUUGAGAUGUCCCUCAAGCUGGCCAGUAUCUAUGCUGCUCAGAAACAGCACAAAUUAGCCCUGGCUGGAUACGAGUUCUGCAUCCUGACCUUAGAAGAGAAGAUUGCCAAGCAAAAGGACUUGCCUGAGGAUGUCUUACCAGCUGAAGAAAAGGCCAACACCCGUCUCUUGCUUGGGAUGAGCCUAGACUCCUAUGCUCGCUAUCUCCUAAAUGUUAACCAGCUCCCAGUGGCCCAAAAAAUGUAUGAGAAGGCUCUGCAGAUAUCAAAUGAUGUUCAGGGAGAGACUCAUCCACAGACUGUGGUCCUGAUGAAUGAUUUAGCAACUGUACUGGAUGCUCAGGGGCACUAUGAUGAGGCAUACUCCUAUGUGAAGAGGGCAGCUGAGCUGGCAAAGGAGACUCAACACCCUGAGGAACACAUGGUGCUGAACAACCUGGCAGCAAUUCUGAUGCACAAAGAAGACUUUCUGCAAGCAAAACAAGUGUACAAAGAAGCUCUCAAGCAGGCACAACAGAAGGGAGAUGUUGCUUCUGUCCAGCAUAUCCAGGAAGAACUAGCUGAGCUGGCCAAGAGAAGAAAGGGCUCCAAAUAAGUUUGGCCAUGGAGUCUAACCUUGAGGAACCUGACAGCAGCAAGGGUUGGUCCAUACAAGCAGCCUGGGAUCAGUUUGGUGCAAUUCUUCAGGGGAACAGCAAGGAGGAGUUGAAGGGCUGCUUAACAAGAAGGGCUGCUCUUGCCUAACAACUUAGCCCAAAAUAAAGUUGUGAAAUCUUAACUAUGUAAAUUGGUGGUGUAGUCUAUGGUUAGAGUGACCUACUGUGCUAGUGGUUUAGCUUUGUCUUGACUGCCAGCACUGUGCAAGUCUAGCCUGGAAUUAAUAGUUGCAGUUAAGUCAGGGAGUACUACUUGUGCUACUCCUAACUAUUCACAGAAGUAUUCAGUUUCAAAACAUGGCUAUAGUAAAGCUAAGUCAUGAAAAGGAAAACAGACAGGAAUUAAUUUCACUCUUUACAGGCUGGCUAGCACAACAAGGUCUACUUCUGUCAGUGCUACAGGUCAGCAUUUCCCAGACUGUACCUGUACUGUGACGGAGCUGUAGCUCAAUCUCCUUUUCAAACAGGUUGCUUGAAGAUCAAGUGUUUUUCUUCAAAGCAUUUAGCAUCCAAAGAUAGAACAUGCCCUCUCAAGAGGAGGGGUGAGACCAUGUUACCAAAACAGAGCUGUUGUCAGAAAUAAAACACUCAGCUACCUUUCCCUAGUCAAGAGCACACUGAGUGCCAAAGCUGCUGCCCUCAUUUCUUGGAACGGUCAGUGCUUAGAACACUGAGGCUUCCUCUUGGAAAAAGAUGGUGUGUACAACCCAUCAGGUUUGCAGGCUACAUGCCUUCAUGUGAAUCUAGUACCAGCAGCCUGCUUAUACAACAGAAUUUAAGUUCUGCCCUGCAGGGAAGUCCAAUGUUAAAGGAAAAUUAAACCAGAAGUUACCCAUAUUUAGCCAGGAUAGUAGAACUAACUGUAAUUAUGUCACCAACCAAGCAUUGAUUUAACUUCUCCUUUGUAAGAGCUUCUGCUGGUUGGUACAACCCUUAAUAUUAAUUGCAUCAUUAUCAAGUUUACUUACAGUAGUAUUAGUAGCUUCAGUUCUGCUUAACUUUGAGCUAAGAAGAGGCGUGCAGGUUUUCUAGAGUAGAUGUUCACUGAAGCUGGAAGAACUUUAGUUGCGUACACAGCUUCGUGCUCAGCAAGCUAGAAAGUGAAAGUGGCUGUUACAGGCAUGCUUGUACUAACAGAAAGGCUCUAACACAUUAGAGCCAAUCUUUAAAGUUCUGGCGUUUGUUUUUUAAGUGGCAGACCUUGGACGCUCCAGUAGUGUUAACUGGGAAGCCUGCAGCACCCUUUAAGGGAAGUGUUUUGCCUGUAGCUUGAUGCUGCAAAACAAGAGGGAGACACAGGAAAAGCAAAUGGAGAACUGAUCCCCUUUAUUGAUUGGUCUGAAUCCAGAAGUCACUGUCUACUGAAGACAUUGUGUGGAAAAAAAAAAAAUAGAGUUUUAUGAUGCAUGGGUUUUUCAAGUCUUAAAUGAUUUCAUAUAAGAAUCACGAAACAUAUCAAGAUGAAAGCAUUGUGAAAGCGCUGAUCAGAAAUCAGUUAAAAAUUUGUAGUAAACUACACUUUGUAAACAAGAUUUACAAACACCUUCCUGUUUGAAACAGGUCAGAUGUAGUUCCAUACUUGAAGAUUACUGGAAUUGUGGUAAACCCUAAUUUAGGCUCUGGAGAGGUUUUUACACUGGAGAAGUUAGAACUCUGCUAACAAACAAAAACGCAGCAACAUUUUAUGUGCAAAUGCCACUCAAGCUGUGUCUUAGGAGGAAGUGACUAUCCUACUGGGGGUAUCUUGCUGCUGCAGCAGCAAUAACAUGGAAGCUUCGCAAUGAACAUGCUCUACUUACUGUACAGUUAGCAAAGACAUUUGUCUGUACAUGCCUCUUUCACGUUGUAUUUGUUACGCUACGAAAGUGAGAAAAGUGAGUUUUAGAAUGGAACUUAACUCUCCACUCCAAAUUUCAAUCUACCGAAAGGGCAGAUCAACUUGUUUUUUUUCCAGUAUAUGUUGCUGUGGGAACAAAAAAGUUAAAAUAAGACCACAGGUCUACAAACAGGAUGAAAACUUCACUACUUUAUCCUUCUGGCUUAAAGGAUGGGAGAGUGAG